AUGUCAAGUGCAGCGCCACGUCCUGCUUUGGAUGUGGCGGCGAUAAAACGCAGCGUUGAAGCGGAACAACGUGCAUUCGAAGAGAAGAUGCCUUCAAGGAAGCCAAAACGAAGGGUUGGAAGUUCAAAAGUGCAACGCAAACGACCGGAGUCCUCACGCUCAGACAAGGAUUCUGCCAGUGCACAGCAGAGUCCAAUUGCAAUGAAGCGUGGGAGAUCAGAAGCGGAACAAGUACGCACCCCAGAGGAAGCUGCAGCUCCGUUCGAAAAUGUCAUGUCGACUUCCCCGAUCGAAACAGUUUCUUCCCCGCGGAGGCCAGUUCGAGCUCAAGGAACUGACUCGGAAGUGGUGGAUGAACAGAGCCGACGGCGACGCAGCAGCAGGCAAUCGAUUCAAGAAGGUGAAGGCGAUGACCACGAUCAAAAUGUGGCUGUGACGGCUAGCGGAGUUGGCAGUCAUCAUGAGGUGAAUGCAGCAGAACUUCCUGGUGACGCAAAUUAUGCUGAAGCUACAGGCGGGGAAAGUGAUCAACCACUGGACGAAGGAGGUGACGAAUCGCAAUCAUGGCGCCGUCGGGCUGGCCGGCCACCAGCUCGAGCGGCCAGUGCAGCUGCGCAAAGCUUACUGGCCGCAGAACUAGCCGCUACUGACGAGACGCCGUCGUGUUCUCCAAAACGGGGCGUUAGAUCGCGAUCAAACACCGACGAUUCACCUUCAUCUCGUCCAGCAAAACGACGUGUGGGAAUCCAGUCUGAUCAGGGAGAGCUGUUUCGGCCAGAUCAGCAGUACCCCUUGGAAUCACCGCUGCUAGGAGAUCUGGAGCUGGAGCCGAAGGAUGAUUCUAUUGAUGAUGAUGUGAUACCGAUUGGUGAUACAACGGAAUUCGAGAGUAUUUCACCGAGGACUACGCAUCGAUCACGCCCAAUGACA